AUGACGAGCAGGGAAAUCGUCCAUGACAAGAUCCACUUCAGACACGAUCCCAAAUGGAGCCGCAGCCUGCAGACCGCAGAGGGGGGGGCGCUGCUGGUCUGUGUGGCCUGUGUCAUGGAGAUGAUCGAGAGUGACGACACGGCAGUAAGAUCAGUGAGGAAGUCCUUCGCCCUGUCUGGUAUCACUGAGGUGCUGAAGUGUUCUCCAGGGGCCAUGAGGGAGCUGCUGCAGCAGGACCAGCGAGUCCUGAUGCGUUUCACAGCCUCUCUAAUGGGGAUGCUUCACUCCGUGGAGGAGGUCACCGCCCUGGAGAAAGUUCAGCAAGUGCUGGUCCAGCUGCUGUUAGAGCUCCAGAGCGAGGAGUCAUUUCGCUUUGUUUUGGACGAGAUCGACAAACAGCUAAGUGACCAGCCCAGCCUGAAAGGUUUCCAGCCCACAUUCAACCUCCUGGGGACCCUGGUGGAAGCCGGCAGCAACGUGGCCCAAAUUCUGGUGACUCAGUACGGGUCCUUGCUGGGGAGCUUGUGCUCAGCUUUGCUUUAUCCAGAUGAAGGCCUGAAGGCUUCGGUCCUGUAUGUGUGGCUCAAACUGUUCAGGGGAUCUGCAGCCCAGUCGUUGCCCGUUGCCAUCAGAGACAGGUUGUGUGUCCUGUUGCUGCAGACCCUGACCAAUGCAGGCUCCCCUCAGCUCAUCAGAAGCUGUGUUGGCCUGCUGUGGCUGCUGGUGCAGCUGGCAGAGGCUGUGUCGGUUCUGAUGAACUGCACUGACAGUCAGAUCAUGUGCCAUGAGAACCAAAGCGUCCACACCGACAACAGCCAGAUCCUCAGCCAAAACCAAGAGCAACAAUCUCUUGACUGCUGCCAUUUGCCUCUCAUACUGAAACAGCUGCUGAUUAGUGGGGAUGAGAUGUUGCAGGUGACCAGUUCCAAGUGUAUUGCCGCUGUGCUGGUUCAUUCUCCCAGUCAGUACAGCGCCCCCUUCAUCCAGGCGGACAUACCUGAGUUUCUCUUUGACCGUCUGGCCAGUACUAACAGUGAGAUGCUGCUGUGGUCAGUCUACAGCUGUUUGGUGUUACUGACCGAGGACCCGCUGUUCUUCUCCCAGUGUCACUCUGUCUAUGGUAUUGAAUCCCUGGUGCGCAGUCUGAAGGAGGCUCAGCGGCUGCCCAACCUGGAGGUGCAGAAACAAGGUCUGCUGCUCCUGACUGAGAUACUGGAGAGGCAGCCACCGAGCGUACGUCUGUUCCCCAGUGGUCCCGGGUUCGUGGCGGCGUCAGAGGCCGUGGCAGCCGGAGUCUCCUCCUCCUGCCUCCUGGUGGCCACACAGGGAGUCAGCGCUGCCUCCGCCCUCUUCAGACUGAACCACCAGGCCAGACCAGUACAGUACAGUGAGGUAGGAAGACUGGUGGAGGCCAUCACAGACAGAUUCCCUGAGCUGUCCCCACUUUCCUCCACUCAGCGGAGAAGCUCUGGGAUCGUGAGGAGGUCAAGCCUCAGCAGCCAGGCUUCCAGGUCCGAGGGAUUUCUGCUCCAGGCCCUGGUUUGUUUUCAGGCUGCAUGCAGGUUGGCGGAGGAGUGUGCCUCAGACCCUGCUCUGAAGGAGAACGCCUUCACUGCUCCGUCCAGACAAGGCUCCACUCAGGAUUCACUGGAGUCUCUGUGUCGCUGUCUGCUUCACUGCUGUGACUCCAUCUGGAUUCCCACUGUCACCAGGAUGUACGAGCGCGCACCCAACGCUCAGAUUCUGCAGUACUUCUACUCCAUCCUGUCCUCCCAGUUCACCCUCCUCCCGCCCCUCAUGCCUGACUUUGCAAAUAAGCUAGCAUCCUCUGGUUUCUUCCGGCUGGCUCUUGAACACAAAGGCCUGCUCUGUGCGGGAAACAGGAACCCAGAUCUGAAUACGUCUUGCUGUGGUUUUCUACAGAAACUCAGUAUGUGUCUACUUUCCCAGUCAGACCCUGCUUCUGGCUCUUACCAGUCUGAUGUUGAGGAGGUGGAGAAUCUUCUGCUAUACAACCUUCCCUCUGUGUGUUGGCGUCUGUCUGACUGGCCCUCUCUGCUGUGCGAGGCCCCAGGACUCCAGCUGUCUGAACACAAAGGGCCAAGGGCCACUCAGUACUGUGUGGUGAUCAUGCUGCACCUUGCCAUGCAGCAGGGAGACAGGCUCCUCCCAGAGCAGACAGUGUUCUCCAGCGUGUUGUGGCUGUUGCAGUCGGUGCAGGAGCAGGGCAGCUGCGUCCUGCCUCGCUCGGUGCUCCGCUCUGCCCUCUACCUGCUGGCGGUGACACAGGACAAGAGCCCCGGCCUGGACAGGGCUCCUCUGAGCUGCAUCAGCAAGGCGCUGUCGUCGUGCCAAAGCUUCUCUUCCCUCUACAUUCACCAUCCUGCACUCCUCCACUUCAUCUGUCGCUAUCCCGAGCUCGCCGAGAAAUUCGGGGCCUUGGUCCUGGAACUUUGGUUGACCAAGCAAACACAGCAGGCGGAUGCAAGGACGUCAAUGGUGAGGGGGCCGUCGUUCCACUUCUGUCUCAGACAGAACUUUGAGUUUCACAUGUUCAUUUGUGUUGCAUAGAAUGCAGGUGAAGAAGGUGAUGCAGGAGAAAGGCCGGAACAGAAGCCAGACAUAGAAACCGUGGAGCUUCUGACUCUGAAGUACCCGACUGUCGUUCUGACCCUUCUGGACAUGCUGUGCACCAGGGAGCCCCCCCUGGCCGAGCGAGCCCUGGGGGUGCUACAAGUGCUUCUGGGUGGUCAACGAGACUACGAGGUUGAUCUGUGUGCCAAACCCAGGCUCCUGCAGGCACUGCAGAGGUUCAGUGUGGAGGUUCAGGGUCAUGGGCUCGGGCAGGGACACACCACACAAGCAGUGAACUCGCUCCCUCUGGUGCUGAAGCUGCUUUCUGUGAUGCAGGCCAGUGACUCGUCUUCAUCCACCUCUUACAGAAAGACGGACGAAUUGCACUUCAAGCUGCUCUACCAUGUGAGUAAUAUUGCAGGAAAGUUGACACCGACCAACGUGGAGAGCCUGCUGCCUGCGUUCAGCUUCCUGUAUUGCUGCCUGAGCCUUUGUCCUGCACACUGCGCUGACAGAGCUGUCUCCAUGCUGCUCUCCAACAGUGGACUGAUGGACCAGCUGCAGACAGUCCUCUCCUCCUCCUCUGCUCCAUCCCUCUCUCCAUCAGCCUGUCCUCCUUCCUCCCUACUGUGCUGCAGCCAGCUCCUCCUGUCCUCCCUCAUUACCUUGCAGCAUGUUCACUCAGCUCAGGUCCAUAAGAGCGUCAGCUGGAGUCUGGACGCAGCUGUGGAGCGACUGCUCUUUCGGAAAAGACACACAGACAAUCUCCUGCUGGUCAGCGGCCUGAGGUUGCUGCAGGCUCUACUUGACGUUGACCUGGUAUCAGCAAUCGUAUGUGUGAGCACCGGUUCUGAUUUGGUUGAACCCCCGGGGGUCCAAGACAGAGCGUUGUACCCGCUCAGCUCCAGGGGGGUCCAGUGCCUCUCAACUGCUCUCACUGGACUUCUAUUGCAGAAGCACGAGCUGUUGCUGAGAGCUUCUGUCAACUGUCUAAGCUCCUUGCUGGGCUUCCUUCAGAGGAAGAGCGAUACUUCAGUGAAACAUGCGGUGUGCCAGCCAUGGACUCGAUUCCUCGUCUACUGCCUGCUCAACUCAGGAGACAGCUGCCUUCUGCAUCCUGCCAUUCUAGGACUCAUCAAACUCCUCCUGCAGCACAGCAGCACGUCAGUCCUGUGGGAUCCUGACCUGCUUCAGGUGAUGGAGGCGGAGGAGAGGACGGGGGUGAAUGAGCUCAGCCGAGAAGCAGCACAGGCCCUGAGGCUCCUCCUCACCCAGGUCCAGAGCAGCGUCCUGCAGCCGCCGCCCACAGAGGAGCACAAGCAGAGAGUGAGGAACAUGAUGGAGGCCCUCAGCGUCCAGACACCAGCAAAGAGCUGCUCUCCCAGUCUGCCCAGCAACGUCCUACACGUUGGAGAUGUGCUCGUCUGCCUGUCGGAUUUCACUCUGACCACCGGCUGAUGUUCCAGGGAACCUAAACAUGGAGUUUAUAAAUGAUGAGUUUAACAGUUUGUUAAUUUAUUGUUAAGUUUCUUUGAUCCCUACAGUUCUUUGAUGCUUCUCGUGUUUCUCUGUUCUCAUCUUUAAGCAGCACGUUAUUAGCUGUAGUGCCACAGUGACAUAAUUCACAGCCUUGACUUGUUUUCUUUGAAAGUACUUUGAAUUUACAGGUUUUGUUAAAGACGAGUUGUUCGUUGUCGUUGUCCGAUUUAGUUUGUGCCUUUGUUGUAGGCCGACGUCAAUGUUAUGACAAUUAAUUUCACCGAACCAGACGAUCUCUACUUCUCCUUCACCACCUGAAGGACACGAUCUUCAUAAAAAUGUUGCUUAAUAUAUAACUUUACAGCUGCGUAGUGACAGCACAAGGUCAAACCUGCCGUUACUGUAUCAAUGUUAAUGUACCAAGUCUCGUUCAUGGAUUCUGUUAAGUGGCCU